UUUUUGAAAAAUAAAUGCUAGAGAAUUUUUUCAAAAAAAUAUAUUAUCAAAUAAAUUUGAUCUUGAAUCGCACAAUGGACGCCAUGACACUACUUCGUUGCACGGUGAACACUUGUGCAGUUCUAAUGAAAAUUGAAUCAUCUCCAGCCUCGCACGGACUGGGUAUGAUAAACGUCAUCACAAAACGAUCACAUCAACCAAGUGCACAAUGCUCAGUUGGAUACCCGUGCGUGAAUGACGACUUAAAAACCAAAUCACAGAAACUGCCAAAUUUUAAAGUUAUCGUGUCAUGACGAAUUUCUUGGGCUUUCGGUCAGAUUCUAAAAUUUGUCCAAACGCAGCCCAGGCCUGCGAUAUGUCAUCAAACAGAGAUAAGCCACUUGUCCCAGACAGCCUGUACCCUGGAGACCCUGAAUGGGGGCCCGGUGCAGCGUAACCUCGCGCUACCGCCACACAAGGUGCUCUGUGUCGUCCCUAUCUUGCCACGCAUAAGUGUAGAGAGUGUUUAAGGUCACAAGGAACUUGACGUACUCCUUUUUUCUGAUUGGGCGCUCACUGUGCCACGGUGCCUCAGCGGAGAGAUUUCUGCUUCUACCAUCUGAAGAGUGAUAACCGUUCAACUUUUGUCUUGUCUCUCACCUGUUAGUUUUCGUUACCAACGAUGGCAUCUUUGAAGAUUCUUCUUGUAUGGGCAAGUACCUUGAUGCUCGGAGUGUAUGGACAAACAGCUACCCCAGCGUGUUUGAUAUCGACCCCGUCGCAAUACGAGUACAAAUUUGUUCGGGACGUUUCACGUGAAACCAAUGCCACAUUUGAGGUGAAGGCGGCAGAAAAUGCUCACAUCAUCCUGGCACCUGAUUUGGCUUUGCAGACAGAUACAAGCGGAAGGACCGGGGCGCCUGGCUUUGAGAUUGUCAUUGGCGACAACAAGAACUCAGAAUCAUGUAUUCGCAAUGGAACCCAAGGCCCCUGCCUAGUGACUGUGAAGACCCCGAACAUUCUUGACGGGAAUGGCAAGCUUUCCUUUUGGGUAUCGUGGGCAAAAGGAGUUAUAAAAGUUGGGCGUGGCAAAGUUGUGGGCGUCGACACCUUCAUGCAGUGGAAGUCCCCCGGCUCAGUCGACGUGCGUAAGAUGUUUGUGGCAACCGGUUUUGGAGCCAAAGGCGAAUGGCAGUUUCCAGUUUGCGACAAAGAGUGUGGCAAGGAUGUCAAUGCGGACGUUCUGUUCGUUAUUGAUGAAUCGGGAAGCGUAGGGCGCGUCAAUAAUGAAAAAUUGAAAAAGUUUUUAGCCGAUUUGGUCCUUCAGCUACCCGUGGCGCAAGACAAGAUCAGGGUUGGAGUUAUCAGUUUUUCUACCCGUGUAAGACAUCACUUUUCUUUGAACCAAUUCGACAAACCACGUGACGUUGCAGACGCCAUUAUGAACAUGAAUUAUUCUUCCGGUGGGACAAACACUGCGGACGCUUUGUGGUAUGCUCAACGGACCUCUUUUUCCAAAGCUUCGGGGGACAGAAGCACAGCGCCUAAUUUGUUGUUUCUGUUUACUGAUGGGUACUCGGUGCAGAGCCCAGUAUCUGCGGCAGGAAAUGCCACCAAAGCUGGAAUAGAGAUAUUCACAAUAGGCAUUGGAAGAGGCGUGUCGAUUCCGGAAAUUACGCAGAUUGCCAGCGAGCCAAAGAUCGAUCACGUGUUUACAGUGGCGGGAUUUGACGCCCUGACAACCAUUAAGAACACACUGGGAGCAAAGUUUUGCGCUGUUAAAGACAACAGCUUCUGGAAGACAGGAGAGACCAAAAACGUGCUUAACAUCAUUCCUAAAUCCAAAACUUGCAAGAGAGGCAUACGGGCUUCCGUGGCCUUGGGGUCUCCCAUGGGUAACGACGCCACCAGGACCAUUGACGUCGACUUCCCGAUGAAUUUUACCGAAAAACCUUAUGUACAGGCCCACGUCAAAGGACACCAAACAUACGAGGACAAGUGGGAAACGAAAAUUGUCGAUGUUACGCCUACUGGCUUCAAGGUGGAGGUGAAGAGGGUAUUUAAAAAGAAUGUAAAUUAUCCUCCGAAUCUCCCCAAGUCGAAAUUGGACCCUCGCAUGGAAACACCAACACUGGAAUAUGUGGCUUACUUAGGCCCAGUGUGUUUCCAAACUGAUGUUGUUAAUGUCGGUCCUAGUUCAACCCCCACCAAGGUCAUCAAGGUCACGUUUCCAAACGCAUUCACUAUCCCACCAUUAGUGAAUUUUAAGGUCAAAGGCCAGGAGAGAGGAUUUCUGGAACAAUAUAAAGGUAAAAUAAUUAAAGUUACGAAGACUGGUUUUGAAAUUGAGGUCACCAAAUCUGACAACAAACCAUGGACCCAAGAAACGGUUGACCUAAUUUGGGAGGCAGAACUCGGUCCGUGUACUUGUAGAGCCGUUGGUGAUCCCCAUUUCCAAACCUGUGACGGGCAGCAGAUCCAUUUCCAGGGCACGUGCACUUACGUCAUGGCUGCCGUGUGUAGCUGUAAUAGAAACCUGCCGCGUUUUGAGGUACGGGUUAAACCAGAGAGCCGGCACGGGAGCACUAUGUCAUGGACUCGUUAUGUUGAAGCAAGCCUCGGGCCGGUGGUAGUGAGGCUGGGGCCGGGAAAGAAUGUCACGGUCAACGGCCUGGCGAAGAAGGUUCCAUUUUCGGCUGCCAGCGUCCCGUACUAUAACUUCACCGUAGACUGGAACAAUGAAUUAGCACUGGUGACAGAUUUUGGGCUGAAGUUAACAUUCAAUUACAGAACAGCCGGAUUUAACUUGGAAAUACCGAUGGAGUACAGUAACCAACUGUGUGGGAUAUGUGGUAAUUUUGACGGCAACAAGGGGAACGAUCUGAGAAUGAAAAACGGCCAGGUUAUUGAGACGCUGUCAGUUUCGACGCAAGAUAAAUACGACAUGGUCGGCAACAGCUGGGAGACGUAUGAUCAGUCAGGGGAUCCAAGGUGCAACAAGGUGAGCAGUCAGAGACCUGCUUUGAUAUGUCAGCCACCACCGAUAAUCACUACAACUACAACAACAACCCCCACCCCCACACCCACAAUCACAACUACAACUCCCACAAUCACAACCACAACUACAACUCCCACAAUCACAACCACAACUACAACUCCCACAAUCACAACUACAACUUCAACUACAACUACAACUACGACUCCCACGCCUGAAACUACAACUACAACCACAACUACGACUACCACCCUUUCUCCCCCUACAUACUGCUCAAACUCUAAGUAUUACGCCACUAUCAAAGACAUUUGCGGCUUCACGGAUACGACAACCAAGUGGAAAACGCUGGAGAAAUGCGUGUCAUAUGGUAACAAAAUAGACAUCAGCCUGUAUAAGGUGUCGUGCGAGUCUGACGCAUGCGCAGCUAUGCCGGAUACAACGACAGCCAAGGAGUACGCGUGUGAUAUUCUCGAGUUCCUUGCGCAGGAGUGUGAGAACAAGGUUGGAAUACCUGUAUUCUCGUAUGGAUGGAGGAACGAAACAAACUGCCCGAAAAAAUGUGACUCCGACAAAGAAUAUCAGACUAACGUCACUGAGUGUCAACCGGCGUGUCCCGGAGCCCCUCAGAACUGCGACGACCCGACUAAAAUGGUGCCAGAAUCUUGUGUGUGUAAACCGGGCACAAUUCUGGACGGCACUGAUUGCAUUCAGCCAGCUAACUGUGUGCCUAAAUGCUGGGAUAACGGGAAUACGUAUCAGGUUGGGGACCAGCUUUUAAUAGACAACUGCAAGACAGAGAUAACCUGCAAUCUGGUCAACGGGAAGGCUUCUCUCUCCAAGAAAGCCGUGUCUUGCUCACCACCGCCAUCUGCCGAGUGUAAGACCGCCAAUGGGACCAGACGGUGUGUGUGCUUGCCAGGUUAUACCGGCGAUGGAUACAGCUGUUUACGAUACUCUGGUGAGUUCUGCCACAAGCGAAAUCCGUGUGACACCAAUCCCUGUAAAAAUGGCGGCAUUUGCAAAGAAGACGCCACCAAAUCCAAGUAA